UUCAAUCCGAAUAUGUGACUCGGUGUCGUCUGCCAUCCGAUGUUAUUCGCGAUUCACAUUCACGUCACUCUUGUCCUGUCUUUCUUGGGGUGUUUUUUGGUGAAACCUCUCGGCUAAUGACAGUUAUUUGUGUGUUUUCUGCAUUUAUGCUAUGUUAGACUGACAGGCAGACGUCCUGUUCGACGUCCAGAUAUAUCUGUCAGAGCACAACAUGGCCUAUUUGGUCAGAAAUGAUAUUGUGCAGUAUGCAUGCACAUGUGGCCAGCUGAGGCCCAUCUCCUUUUUGUACUUUUGCAGACAUUGCCUGAAACUGAGGUGUGGCUUCUGCGUUUGUCAUGAGGUUGAAUCACACUACUGCUCCAACUGCCUUGAAAUCUUGCCAUCAGCAGAGGCAAGGUUGAAGAAAAACAGGUGUCAGGCAUGCUUUGAUUGUCCAAACUGUUUAAAUACGUUAGCUGUUAGGGGAACUACUGUGUCAGUCAGGGAUCCUGAUGACCCAGGCAAAGUCAAUUCUCAAAAGAAGUACUAUCAUGCAUGUUUCUUUUGCCGCUGGACAACUAGAGAUGUAGGCUUACCAGAUCAAGCUGUGCAGACUGUGUCUGCCAAUGGGUGGGCUCAAAAGAACACCAGCAAUGUACAACGUAUUACUGUUCUCUUGGAGCAUGCUAAAUUGUUGGGAAUGCUAGAAAGACAUGAACGAGAGCAACGGGAAAAAAAGUUCACUGCAAGGUUUAGACGCAAUUUCACCCAUCUUCCUGGUUUAACUGCAGCUCAUGUUCGGAAGCGUGCAGGACUUCCCCCUGAAUUGCCCGCUCCAUCAACCAUUAAGGUAAAUCUUGCUGAAUUUCAACCUGCAGUUGCUAAAGAAACAGUGCCGGAGCUUCCAACAGAUAUUUUUACCAAGGAGCUAGAUAUAGGCACAGUUACAACUUUGACUCAACGCUUUGCUCAGCCUGAAACCCAGCCGGACAGUAUUGAGGGGUUACUCCCUUCAUACAAGCAUCUGAGCACCAAACAAUCCCAGAGGUGUAGAGAGUGUGAACAUAAUGUCAGCAAACCAGAGCUAAAUCCGGCUUCCAUCAAAUUCAAGAUUCAGCAGGCUGCUUACUUCUAUGUGCCAGAGGUUCGCAUUGUAACUCUUGAGCCUCUGAUUGGUGGGAAACCAAGUGAAGUGGUGAUUGUAUUCAUCAACCCUUCUCAGCACCCAACGACCCUGAGCUUCAUCACUCUACAGGAGGCCGAAGAAGAAAUAAAGCAGCACCAAACUGAGGGUACCACCGACACUGCUGUGCAACAGGGAGAAGCUCCAUUAUCCCUCUCAUCAUUGACCAAACCUGUGACCGUGGUCGAGGAGCCACGGCCCAUCGAUAUCUCUAUGACAGGUGAAGUUCAGUUACCUGCUGCUGACGUCGAAAUAGUCCUCCCUCCCAAAGAUGAUGCAGCUGAGUAUGAUGACUCUGGAGAAAUACAGCAGUUCCAUGAUGAUCCAAAGAUUGUCAUUCAUCGAAGAGCCAACAAAGCAUCACUUCGUUUCACUGUUGUCCCUAAAACAGACAUUGCUGGAGAAAACUGUGUGAUAGGCUUUGCAUUUCGUUAUACAUAUGUGAACCGCAUUUCAACGCCAGCUAUUGCAACUUCCGAGCAGAAACCUCAAAAGGUUCAGCUUUGUACCAGAAUAUUUAUGAAUUGUGGCAAAAUACUAGAGGGUACCCAGUGAUUGCAUGUAAUUCCCUUAAUCAACACUUGUAUAAAUUUUUAUAUUUAUGAAAUUCACCUGCUGUUUUAAUUUUGUAACAUUUUACUGAUUCUGAAAUAUUUUUAUUUUUGCUUUGAGUUCCAAGGUUUUCUUGUACUUCUAAACAAAAACUAAUAAAUGUUACCUUAUGCAUA